UUUUUUGAUGAGUGCACUCUUUGUUAAAUGCUUACAAUGUAAUUAAAAGCCUGCAACUAUCAAAUGUUAAUAAUGUAAAUCAGGAUAAAUUGUCAGAUUGUGUUAUAAUUGUGAUCAAAAAAUCCAUAAUAAAUAAGCGCCAAUUGAUCAAUAACAUAAAACAUCAAUCAUUCCUUAUUAAGGUAUGCUUAUAAAUCUGAUUAAAACUAGAGAUGUAUUCUAAAGCACCUCAAUCAUCAAGUGCAAUGAAUCUAGUGAAUAAAAAUGAUCAAGAAUUUUAAUCAAAAAAAUAAUAGUCCAACUAAUAAUAACAAUUAUCUAAAGUUCCUUUUGCAACUAAAUAGGAACCUACUUAAAAUGUUUAGAGACCUAUUUAAAAUAUUGUUAAAGUAGCUUAACAAUAACCAUAAAAAGAAAUUAAUUUUUCCAACUAAAGAUAAAAUAAUAAAGCAAAUGAAGAAUAUUAAAAUAGCUCUUAAAAAAAUUCGGUAUUUUGUUUAAUUAUAAUGUUAGGAUUAAAAAAAUUAAUCUCUUGUUAAAUAAUUAGAUGAAGAAAAAGAAUAGAGUUAGUAAUUAUAAAAAGAAUUAAAAAAAACAUAGGAUUAAUUAAAUUAAGUUUCUAGAGAAGCAGAAAAGAAGAUGUAAAUUAAUAUUAUAAUUUUAUAGAAAAUAAUCUCAAUAAGAUUUGGAGAAAAAGUUGAAUGAAUUGAAAAAAGAGAGCGAAGAAGAAAAGAAAAAAACAUAAAAUCUUACAUCUGAUGUUAAGAAGUUAAAAGAUUAGAUAAAAAAUGCAGAAGCAUAAACAUAAAAAAAAUUAGAUUAAUAAAAAAAAUAAUUUGAAAAACAAAUAUAGGAAUUGGAAUAAGUAAUUUUGGAGAAAUAAUAAUAAAUUGAUGAAAUAGCUUAAGAAUUUUAAAAUUAUAAUUUAGAAGAUAUCUAAGCUAAAAUGGAAGAGAUGGCAAAUGAUAUCAAUAUGAAAGAUUAAUUAAUAGAAUAAUUGUAAACUCAAUUAUAAAAUGGAGAAGGAAAUGAAAAAGUAGAUGAAAAUUAAGAUAAAGAGGAUAUCGUAUAAGAAAUUGAAUAGAAAGAUUAAGAAAUAAAAAAAUUAGAGGAGCUUAUAGAAAAUUUCAAAUAAUUAUAUUAACAUAUGUUAGAUGAGAAAUAAGUGAUAAUGGAAGAGAAUGAGAAAUUAGGGAAUGAAAAUAAUUAAUUUAGAGAGAUUUUCAGUGUAAUAAAUUGAUAAUUUAAUUUAGUAAAAUCUACAUUUAUUUGGGAUUGAUCCUAAUUAACUUGAAGAAGAAGGAGAAGGUGAUGGAGAAGGAGAAGGAUAUUAAUAAGAAGAAGGUAUAAAUUAAAUGUUAUUAGGCGAGAUAAUUGAGGAAGAUGAGACCUAUGAUACAUCUUGA